UCCGGCUCCGACCCACCCUUCCGCAACCCUCGCUACCUACUCGGCGCCGGUGUCUCCUCCCCCCAAAAGGCCAAAACCCCACCUCCGGUCAGGUGCCGCCGGCGCCUUCUCCUCGGAAGGCAGGCGACGCGAGCGGUCGGCGAAGGGAUGGCGGAGGCAGAGGGGGAGACGAGCCGGCUGUUCCGCGUCCGGCGCACGGUGAUGCAGAUGCUGCGGGACCGCGGGUACCUGGUGGUAGACGCCGACGUCGACAUGACCAUGGGCGAGUUCGUCGGGCGCUACGGAGACCCCGUGCGCCGCGACGACCUCGUCAUCAACCGCGCCAAGAAGGACAAUCCCGACGAGCAGAUCUACGUCUUCUUCCCAAACGAGCCCAAGCCCGGCCAGAAGGCGGUCAAGAGCUACGUCGAGAAGAUGACGCAGGAGAACGUCCGCAAUGGCAUACUCGUCGUGCAGCAGGCGCUGACCUCCUUUGCCCGCAACAACCUGCUCGGGAACUCGCCGGAUAAAUUGCAGGUCCAGGUCUUCCAGGAAAAGGAGCUUCUUAUAAACAUUAAGAAUCACGAUCUGGUUCCCGAGCAUGUACUCCUCACCAAGGAGCAGAAGAAGACCCUGCUGGAGAAAUACACCGUGAAAGAAACUCAGCUCCCUCGGAUUCAAGUCGCUGAUCCAGUAGCAAGAUACUAUGGCAUGAUGCGUGGACAGGUCGUGAAGAUCACCAGGCCCAGUGAGACUGCUGGAAAAUAUGUGACAUAUCGCUAUGUUGUCUGAGCUCCACUACAUUCUUGAGGGUCAGAGAUGUUCUGCAAGGUGCAAGCACUGCCAGUUAAAAUGCUUCCUCCAAUGCUAGCCCCUCAGUAGUAGACACUUGCUUUCUCUGAGGAACAAAGUACUUUCUGAACGGCCUUAGUGCUCUGUCUUUACAUCUGCCUGUCAAUUUGACAUGACUCUGUUAGCUAGCAUCUAGACAUAGAUUUUGGUAGUUUUUUUCUUUUUCGGCACAGCCAAAUAGCUCUUUGCUACCCGAAAUAGUCGGUCUAUUUCGCAGAGUUCAACUUAGUGCUCCUGUAUUUAUCUGAAUGGUAUGAGCAUGCCUUCUGAGACCGUUGUUUGUCUGACGAGCAAAGAAAAGCUGCAGCAUGAGGAAUGUGGGA